AUUAAAUUACUCACAUUUAGGGAGCUCACGAAAGAUCCCUACAGACAUAUAUGAUAUAUCGAGCAUAGGUUAAGCUCUCUUUGGAUGGAGAAAUUCACCACACAUGGCCGGCUGCUCGGUCGCCGCAAAAAGUAAAACAGAAAAAAAUUUCUAAGUUUUCUUUUGCCGAUUAUUGGGGCCCAACACCUUUCACCGUUCAGUCGUCCGGCGGCGCUUGUCACGCUUUGUGGUCAAUUGGUUACAUCCGUCAAGAGGAGAAUCGUUGGGUCAGGACCCUCACCUCCGCAUCGGCACGGCGCAUAACUUAUUUUGCCAAAAUAAACAAAUAAUCGAGUGCCAAUUGUCGCAUUGGUAGUGUUUGUGAAUGAAAACUAAACAGAAAAGUUAAUGCAUUUCCCGCAUGAAAUGAAUUUCACACAAGACGAGUGUUUGUUCAGCAACUAAUCGAUUUCCACAUCAUUUAGGGUUUCCGUGACGGAAUGUACAAAUAAACAACCCCCUGAGCCACAUAUCAAAUUAAUUGCAUAUCAAAUCGAAUUCGAACCAACUUUCAAUUAAAAACAUGACUUCGUAAUGCCGCCACGGAGCUGGUAGAACCGCAGAAAGAGUGCGACGCAGUGUCUGUGUGAGUGAGUGUGAGUGCAACAGAGAUAGCAAGAGGGACGACACUUCGAUUCGAAAUCCAUCAAUUAGGACGAGCCAAACGAGCACAGCGCCUGGAGGGGUCUCGUGCCUUGGCCUGUCCCUGUGCCUGUGCCUGUGCCUGGCCACAAAAGGGCGGCGACUUUCGCCCAGCCGAAGAUGGACCUGCGUAAUCUAACACUGCCACCGCCAGCCGCAACAACAAUUAUGUCCUCGUCAUCAUCAGCAGCCGCAGGAGCAGCAGUGGGAGCUCUUGUGGGAGCAGCAUCAGCAGCAGGAGGACCUACCACAGCGGCGCUGGCGAGCAUUGCAGCGCAAACCGGAACAACCAUAGCAUUAGCAACAGCCUCGUCGCCGACAACAACGCCAGCCACAUUUUUUACAUACAGCAUACCGGGCAUGGACAUAGCGCCAGGACCAUUUAUAUUCACCUACGUUAGUGAAUUUUUAUCGCUUAUCACGCCCGAGGAAUUGCCGCUCGAUUCCAUACGCGAUGUCCUACACAAAAAUGUCAGUCUGCUCGAUUUUGCCUCCAAUGCCAUCAAAAUCGAAUCCGGUUUCAUUGGCCUGAUGAGCAUCUUUGCUAUCCUGGCCCUGGUCCCGCUGAUUGCCACCUGUGCCUGGUGCUGCGGCCGCCGCUCCACGCAGGAAGAGGUGGACCACAUACGUAGAGCCCCCGUCCACAUACGCGACGAGGCUCUGGAGGAGAGUCUGCGGUGCCGCAAAAGUGCCGGCCUGGUCACACUCUGGAUCGUCUUUGUGCUGCUCACGCUGAGCGACCUUAGCAUAUUUUAUGCCAACAGCCGCCUCUCGGCUGGCAUCGAGAUGACGCCUGAGAUGGUGAAGUCAGCCGUGCACGAUGUGGAGGUCUUCCUAAAGGACACGCAUCUGCAGAUCAAACACAAACUGGAUAAUGGCUUUCAUGUUUCCGUCGAGAGAGUCGUCAAAGACUUGGAAGACGUGGAUGUUCUCCUCGGUGAGCCAAUUCAAGCGGAAAUAUCUGCACACACUGGCCUUGAGCUGGCAUAUGAUUCAUUGACGACACUUAGCUUGGCGAACGCGGAGCUCAUCUAUCGCGUCCUCAUGCUGCAGGAGACUGUCGGCCGAGCCCUGAAGCUCUCCCAGGAGGCUGCCGCACGCAUGGAGGAGCUGCAGAUACAACUGUCCGUGCUGCAGCGCCAGUGCACGUACCGGGACCGGCCGCUCUGCGACACAUUGCGUAUACGCAGCUUCGAGGAGAACGGCGUCGUCGAUGCCCUGAAAACUCUGCAAGAGGACCAGAGCAUCUUCCGUAUGCGCUACUUGGGCGAAAUUGAAUUUGGUGCCACUGUCAAAAACCUGACAUCGGAAGUUGGCGUGUCACGUUCCAUUUUCAGCAAUUUCCCGCAACAAGUUAAACAUGACACGUCAUAUGAGCGGAACUAUACGCUGGAGCAAUUGUCGAGCAUUCGUCACAGGACAACGGCCAACGCCCAGCAGCUGACGUCGGCCAUCAAUGUGGUGCUGAAGCGCCUGGAGGGCACCUGGCCCUCGAUGCAGCCGGCCUACAAUGAGCUUAAGGAGUGGGCGGACAUGUACUGGAGCAUGGGCUGGAUAGCCGCCAUGGUUAUCGUCUGGGUGGUGGUCUUCAUGCUGAUGUCCUACUGCUGCUUCCUCUGUGAAUCGAACACAAAAUCAGGCGUGGUCUUCUUCGUGGCCGUGAUGAUCAUCUGCCUCGCCAGCAUCGCCCUCACCUUCUACGGUGUCUUCUCGCUGGCAGUCGGGGGCAACGCGGAGGUCUUCCUCUGCCGCUCGCUCUACGACAAGGACUACGAUAUGAUGGGUAAGCUAUUCGACAAGCCCGGCUAUGUGUAUGCCCGCGAGCCCCAAACGGGUAUCAUUGGGGAGCUGCUGCGACCGGCCGGCGUCAAUCGGUCCGUGGUGAAUGUCAGCCUCGGCACGGCUCUCAGGGGCUGCGAACAAAAUCAAGCGUCGUACAAUGUCUUUCAAUUGGAUGCGUUCGUGAAUACCACCAAAAUCGCUGAUUUGAAACAGUUCCCAAAAGUGUCGACGGCCAUCGAUGCAAUUUCCGUGUCAGGGCGCACGCUGCUCUCGCUGACCCAAUCCGUCCAGAGUAUAUUGGAGAAUAUGCUGCAGACGUCCUCAUUCAAUUUGACCACAUACCGCAGCAGUGUGGGGGCGCCCACGCCAGAAAAGGAUUUGGCAACAUUCAUUGAUCAAAUGCAGAGGGUAGCCCUACAGAUUCAGGACGUGGCCACAUCAUCACGCAUGACAACCCUGGGCAGUCGGUCGAAGCGCCUACAGGCCUCGAUCAUGCAACCACUGGAGAACCUGCAGAACGAGAUACUGUACCAUCUGACGGCACUAGAACUGCAGCGGGAUCCCUGGGCCAAGCAGGUCAAUCAGACGCUCAACCAUCUGAAGAGCAUCCAGGGCUACCUGGAGAACAAGGGUGGCGAGAUUUGCCACAACAUGACGCGCCUCUACACAGACCGCCUGAAAGCGUACUUGACCAGCAGUAAAGCCACAAUGGAAUCGCAGCUGGGCGACACCACCACCAAGUGCCGGCCCUUCUACGACACCUUCGACGCCAGCCGCACCUUCCUCUGCCGCAACAUGGUGGACUUCGUCAACGGCCUCACCUUCUUCAUCCUUCUGACGCUGCUCCUGUGGGCCAUUGGCACUCCAGUGGGUCUCAACUUGAUUACCAUCCAGACCCGCCUGAAUGUGAUGCAAGCGGCGCAGGCCCGCAGCAAGGCCAAACAGCGGCGGAGCGAUCGCAGUCCGGAGCGAGAGCGGGAACGUGACCAGCGCAGCGACAGUCGGAGCCGGAAGAAGCAGCGGACGAGCAGUGCGUCGGGAACUGGCAGGAGUGCCCGUCGAGAGCAGAGCCGGGAGCGCAGCACGAGCAGCACGUCCCGGCCCAGACCACCGCUACGUCGAACCGCCACCGAGGAAACACUGGACUUGGACGAGGACUCGAGCCCAUCUAGGCAACCACAGCAGCAGCAGCAGCAGCAACCACCGCAACGGCGCCAGGAGACGGAACGGGAGCGGGUACUGGAUCGCGAUCAGCGCAGUCGGGAGCGGGAGCUGAGCCGCGGGCGGGACGUCUCGGCCGUCAACACGCCCGUGCGCAGUCGCAGUCGCCAGCAGCUGCGGCACGACCCCGAGGACGACAACUGGGGCUCAUCCAGUGGUCCCAGUCGAGCCACCUCCAAUGAGCGCGAGACCAGUCAGACUAAAAAGAUUCUCAAUAUUUGGCAGUCGAGAAAUAAGAUCAAGCCACCUUCGCUUCAGAGGCAGGGCACCGAGGAGUACGACUUUGAUGUGGCACCAGACGACAUUGGAUGGCGUUCCCAUGUCCAGUCCAGUGCCAGUCCCGACCAUCGGGCCGACCAACGCAGCCGACAGCCGACAGACACUCGCUCCAAUCUCCGUACUAAGCAGAAGUUACGUAGUACCAACGCGGAUAGAGCUAGCAGCGAAAUGGUUCGUCGACCCGUAACGCCCGUAUUGAGUAUCAAUCCAGAUAUUCCGGCCGCCGUUCCCAUGCCCCGCACGCCGAUGCGUUUGAAGAGCAAGGUCUCGCUGACUGCCCGAGCAGUGCAGGAUAUUGUCAACAAGCGGAGUCAGCGUCUCCAACGCACUGGUACCGAUGACUUUGACUUUGAUGAAAGCGAUGCCUAUGGUACUGGAGCACAUCUAGAGGCGGACGUAGCGGCUGCCCGACGCACGCCUCCGCGCGGCGCCCCGCCGCCCCCGCCACCGCCAGCGGCCGGCAUGAACAGCGACAAAGUCUUUAUAUUCUGACAUUACUUUCUCUCCCCGUAUCGCCAACGCCAACCCCCGAUAUCCGACUGGCAGAGGCUUAAGCGAGCGCACUGUGCGCUGGAUCGAAGAAGAGGAGGAGGUAGUCUUCGAGGAUGUCGACGCGCCGAACAGUCCCGUUACUUGAGACAAAAUCUCUGAGUCCCCUGAGUCACCACGACACACAAUUUCGAAUUCGAAUGCUAAUCCUAAGUCUCGUACACACUCGAGUAUUGCAAUUUGUUUUAUAUUUCGCGCUUCUACCACUCGAUAGUUCUUACAAAAAACGGAUAGAUGUAGAGUCACCUACUGACAGUCCAGUCCCAUAUGUUUGUAUUAAGCAUUUAACAAGGUGUAACAACCAUUAAUUAAUAAAGUACUCGAUCUUGAGGAAAUUAAAUUAAA